GGACUAGGUGAAGCUGCGGCAGCGUGCGUCUCGGUCAGUAGCCGGCAAGUGCUGUCACCUGUGGGGGUUGAAAAGUUACCUCCCCAAAUGCUAAAGCAACACAGAACAACCUUCCCCGGAGUCACAACAAUGAUACUAUGUUCUACACAAGCUGAUAUUCACUGAUGGACUCCAAAGAAUCAUUAAAAACCCAAAGUAGAGAAGAAACUCCCAGCAGUGUGCUUGGUCGGGGGAGAGGAAAUGUGAUGGACUUCUAUAAAACCUUAAGGGGAGGAGCUACUGCGAAGGUUCCUGUAUCUUCACCCUCACUGGCUGCUGCUUCACAGUCAGACUCCAAGCAGCAAAGAGUUUUGGUUGAUUUUCCAAAAGGCAAUGCGCAGCAGCCAGAUCUGUCCAAAGCAGUUUCACUCUCAAUGGGAUUGUAUAUGGGAGAGACAGAAACAAAAGUGAUGGGAAAUGACUUGGGAUUCCCACAGCAGGGCCAAAUCAGCCUUUCCUCUGGGGAAACAGACUUUCAGCUUUUGGAAGAAAGCAUCGCAAACCUUAAUAAGUCGACCAGUGUUCCAGAAAACCCCAAGAGUUCCGCAUCCUCUGCUGCUUCUGCUGCCCCUAAAGAAAAGGAAUUUCCAAAAACUCGCUCUGAUGUGUCUUCAGAACAGCAAAAUUUGAAGGGCCAGACUGGCACCAAGAGUGGCAAUGUGAAGUUGUAUACCACAGACCAAAGCACUUUUGACAUUUUGCAGGAUUUGGGGUUUUCUUCUGGGUCUCCAGGUAAAGAAACAAGUGAAAGCCCUUGGAGAUCAGACCUCCUAAUAGAUGAUAACUAUUUGCUUUCUCCUUUGGCAGCAGAGGAUGAUCCAUUCCUUUUAGAAGGAAAUGUGAAUGAGGACUGCAAGCCUCUCAUUUUACCGGACACUAAACUUAAAAUUAAGGAUAAUGGAGAUCUUAUCUCACCCAGCUCCAACAGCGUGCCAGUGCCCCAAGUGAAAACAGAAAAAGAAGAUUUCAUUGAACUCUGCACUCCUGGGGUAAUUAAGCAGGAGAAACUGGGCCCAGUUUACUGUCAGUCAACCUUUUCUGGAGCAAAUAUUAUUGGUAAUAAGAUGUCUGCCAUUUCAGUUCAUGGUGUGAGUACUUCCGGGGGACAGAUGUACCACUAUGACAUGAAUACAGCAUCCCUUUCUCAACAGCAGGAUCAGAAGCCUAUUUUUAAUGUCAUUCCGCCAAUUCCUGUUGGUUCAGAAAAUUGGAAUAGGUGCCAAGGAUCUGGAGAUGACAACCUGACAUCUUUGGGAACUUUGAACUUCUCUGGUCGAUCACUUUUUUCUAAUGGCUAUUCAAGCCCUGGAAUGAGACCAGAUGUAAGCUCUCCUCCAUCCAGCUCCUCAACAGCUAUGGGACCACCUCCUAAACUCUGUCUCGUGUGCUCUGAUGAAGCUUCUGGAUGUCAUUAUGGAGUCCUGACUUGUGGAAGCUGUAAAGUGUUCUUCAAAAGAGCAGUGGAAGGACAGCACAAUUAUCUUUGUGCUGGAAGAAAUGACUGUAUCAUCGAUAAAAUUCGAAGAAAAAACUGCCCAGCAUGCCGCUAUCGAAAAUGCCUUCAAGCUGGAAUGAACCUGGAAGCUCGAAAAACAAAGAAAAAAAUCAAAGGAAUUCAGCAGGCCACUCCAGGAGUCUCACAAGAAACAUCUGAAAAUCCUGUUAACAAGACAGUAGUUCCUGCAACAUUACCACAACUUACCCCUACCCUGGUAUCACUAUUGGAGGUCAUUGAACCUGAGGUGUUAUAUUCAGGAUAUGAUAGCUCUGUUCCAGAUACGACUUGGCGGAUCAUGACCACACUCAACAUGUUAGGUGGGCGGCAAGUGAUUGCAGCAGUGAAAUGGGCAAAGGCAAUACCAGGAUUCAGGAACUUACACCUGGAUGACCAAAUGACCCUACUGCAAUACUCAUGGAUGUUCCUCAUGGCAUUUGCCCUGGGGUGGAGAUCAUAUAGACAAACAAGUAGUAAUAUGCUGUAUUUUGCUCCUGAUCUGAUUAUUACUGAGAAUAGAAUGUCUCUACCCUACAUGUAUGACCAAUGUAAACAAAUGAUGUAUGUUUCCUCUGAGUUGCAAAGACUUCAGGUAUCUUAUGAAGAGUAUCUCUGUAUGAAAACCUUACUGCUUCUCUCGUCAGUUCCUAAAGAAGGCUUGAAGAGCCAAGAGCUAUUUGAUGAAAUCAGAAUGACCUAUAUUAAAGAACUUGGAAAGGCCAUUGUCAAACGGGAAGGAAACUCCAGUCAGAACUGGCAGCGAUUUUAUCAACUGACAAAGCUCUUGGACUCCAUGCAUGAUGUGGUUGAAAGUCUCCUUAACUAUUGCUUCCAAACAUUUUUGGAUAAGACCAUGAGUAUUGAAUUCCCAGAGAUGUUAGCUGAAAUCAUCACCAAUCAGAUAUCAAAAUAUACAAAUGGAAAUAUCAAAAAGCUUCUCUUUCAUCAAAAGUGACUGCCUUAAUAAGCAAGAUUGCCUUAAAGAAAGUCAAAUUUAUAGCUUUUAUUGUACAAACUCUCAAUUUGUCCAGUAGUAGGUUGGUUUGUUUUUUUUUUUUUUCCUUUUUUGUCUUGUUUUGUUUUAAAUACGCACUACAUGUGGUUUAUAGAGGGCCAAGACUUGGCAACAGAAGCAGUUG